AUGUUCUAUAGCGGAGCAAAUAAAGAAGACAGGAAUGGUGUUGGAAUAAUUCUGUCAAGUGAAAUGAAGAAGGAAAUCGUUGAAAUAGGAUGCUCAGAUGAAGAGAAAGAUCACUUCUGUUUGGACUUAGAGGAGGAAAUGGAAAAGGAAGCAGCAGAUGAAAGAUGCCUUGUCGGGGGAGAACUGAAUGGGCAUGUAGGCCAGAAUAACCAUGUGAUCAGCUGUAUACAUGGUGGGUAUGGCUAUGAUGUAAGAAAUGCAGAGGGUGAGAGAAUUGAUGAUUUUGCUCUGUCCAAGGAUAUGUUUAAAGAAAAGGUAUUAGAGGAACUAACUCAUGAAAUUGAGGAUGAUGAUGAAUGGUGGAACAGAACGAUGGAAAUAAUACUGAGGGUUGCUAGAGAAAUAUUGGGUGAAAGUAGUGGCAAGAUAUUCGAAAAUAAGGAAACGAGGUGGUUCAGUGAAGAAGUGAAGGAUGCAACAAAGCAAAAGAGAGAAGCAAAGAAAAGGUGGGAGGGGACCCAAAUGGAAGAGGACUGGAUGUCCUAUAAGGAAGCAAAUAAAUUACCAAAGAAAACUGUAGCAAUUGCUAAGGAUAGAGCAUAUGAUCAGCUUUACAAAGAGCUAGAUACCAAGGAAGGGCAAGGAAAGAUCUUUAAACUAGCACACAUGAGAAAUAACACACAUAUGACAGAUUAA